GUUAAUGUUUUGAUUGUCUAAUUCCGAAAUUUAUUCUAAUAAAGUUGGAAAGUGAAAACGAAAUAAAACAUUUUUUUUUGUGAAUUUUGAAAUUUAUAAAAGUAUGAAAAGGUGUUAAUUUAAAUAAAAUCUCUGAGUACGUUGAAUUGAAAAAAAAAAAAUGGCUGUGCUUCCUCCAGAUCCUGUAUUUACAUUAAGGUGUGCAGAAAUGGGCUCAGUAAAUAGUGUCUGCUUUCAUCAUAAUGAAAGAAUUUUAGCUGGAACCGUAAAAGGAUCAAUUCACUUAUGGGAUUUACAAACGAAUCGUCCAUUUUUAAACUUUGAAGCUGGUACAAAUCCAAUAACUUACCUAUAUCAUGCUGAAGAUAGUUUGUUUACGCAAGAAAAAGGCGGAAAUAUAAAGUGCUGGACAUUGACUAAUACAGGUUACGAAUUGAAAAAAAAUUAUGAAACAACACAUAUAGCAUUUUGUAAAUGUGACUAUAUUCAAAACAAAGAUAUUCUUAUAUAUCCCAAAAGUGAAAAUUCUAUAGGUUUUGCGUAUUUAAAUGAUGAAAAUAUGCAAGAAAUACCUGAUUUGCAACCGUCAGAAACCCUAAAAUUAGGUCAUAUAACUUGUUUAAAAGCAAUUAAUAGGCUUGGACAAGAUUACAUUAUAGCUGGUUAUGAAUCUGGUGAUAUAAUAACUUGGGAUAUUCGUUCUAAUAAAAUAGUAAGCAGUUCUAAAGUAAAUGAAUUUCCAAUGGCCAUUGAUUUUGAUGUACAAUCAAAUCGUGGUAUAUGUGGUUCUGCAAACGAUAGAUUAGAAGUUAUUUCAUUUACACCACGCCAAAGUUUUGAUAUAAAAUCAGUAAAUGAAUUAAGUAUAAAGAAUCCAGGUAUAAAUUGUAUAAAAAUACGACCUGAUCAAAAAGUUUUUGUAUCUGGUGGUUGGGAUGGACGUAUUAGAAUAUUUUCAUGGAAGAGUUUAAGACCUUUAGCUGUUUUAACAGAACAUAAAAGUGGAGGUGUUAUGGAUAUUUGUUUCUCAUCAGGUAAAGUAUCAACCUGGAAUGCAAAUAUAAUGGCAGCUGGAGGUUUUGAUGGACAAAUAACUUUGUGGGACUUAUAUAACUAAAGAAUAACACUUAAGAUGAUAACAUAUUUUUAUAACAAAAGAGAAUAAAGAGGACAUAGACUUUCAAUAAAAUUGAAUAUGUUUUGCAUGACGUUGCAAACUUUGCAAAAUAAACUCUUACUUUUUUACUACUACAAGAUAAUUUUUAUAUUAGUAUCAUUUUCAAAAUGAUUCAGAAAUAAUUUUUUUAAGUUAGUAAAAUUUUUACAUAAUAUUAAUAUAAAUAAUAUUAAAUUAGUGAAGUUUGUUUAAAUAACAAUAUUGUUUAAAUUUUAAUAUAAUUAAAAAAAUGAACUUUGCAAAUUAACAAGUAGAAAUUUUCGUAAAAGUUAUUGGAACUUAGAAACCUUUUUCUAUUUAAGUAAAUUUCAUUAUUUAUCAUUUAUGUGCAUAAUAAUAAUUAUUGUUAAAUUUUGAGACUACCAAAUACCAAAAUUUUUCAUGAUUGCUUA